AUGCCAUUCUAUGGAAAGGCAUGUACUCAUUCGGUUUUCAUCCCAUCUUAUCGUGGCCAGCUGCUCAAGUCCUAUGACCGACGGCAUUAUCAGUUGUCACCCAUACUUAUGCAAGAUUAUGCCCGGUCAAUAUCGAAGACCUCGAUAGAAGCGGCCUCACACGAGCAAAAUCUUCUCGCACUUCAUACUUGCCAUGGUCCCGAAUUUUUGCAUGCUUCUUAUCCACCCAGCAAGAAAAUCUGGUGGAUAUUUUUUCAUGGACUUAAUAAAAAUAUUUCUUGGGAGAACAACCUUGAGCAAGGUUUUUUCCUUCUCGAAGGGGCGAUUGAAAAAAUAAUUGCCCUUACACCUUACAUGCGAUGCUCGCCUUCGCGAACAUUUUCUUCGAGCCGUACGACAUGCAAUCCCAUCACCUACUACUUCGUCUUCCCUACAGCCGCAUUUCUUCUUGCCUUCACACUUUUGCGUUUCAAGGACCGUAAAUCUAUGGUCCGAAGGAUCCCUGGACCGCCGAGUCCUUCAUCUCUCUUAGGCCAUGAAUACCUCCUCCGUAACCGUCAGCACGUGGGAGACAUGGAGAUGGAAUGGUAUCAGCAAUACGGCGCCGUAUACCUCACAAAGGGAUGUUUCGGGCACGAUGUUUUGUCCGUUGCUGACCCUAAAGCGUUGCAAUACAUAUUUCAUUCGUCUGGAUACCGAUUCCCAAAAACAAGAGAUAUGAAUCGUAUUAAUGCAGCCAUCGCAGGACCAGGAUUAGUUGUUGUGGAUGUUGUAAGCGAAAUGCACCAACGCCAGCGGAAAAUCCUCAAUCCUGCUUUUGCAACACAGCAACUCCGACUCUUCCUGACUGUUUUCCAGGCGUCUGCUACGAAGCUUACAGAGCAGAUCAACCAGCAAGUUAAGGACACCGGAGUAAUCAAUGUCCUUGAAUGGACAGGCAAGGCUGCGCUGGAUAUCAUAGGCAUCAUCAUCUCGCCAGCGUCCUUCCGAUACGAUUUCAACUCACUCAGCGGCGGACAAACCGAGCUGAUGGCAGCGACUAAUAAUCUUUUUGGUGACGGCAUGAUGUCGCCAACAUCACUAGAGCUUCUGUGUUCUUCGCUCUGGCGCUUACUUCCCGAGUGGCUGGUUGUACCGCUCGAGUGGCUACCCAACAGAAUUACGACAUGGCUGAAUUACUUUAGAAAUGUUGCGAAGAGAGUAUCACGGCCCAUCUACGAGAAACAACUGAAAGAGGUGGCGAACGAUAUCAAUCCAGCUGAGAAGGAUGUCGUUAGUCUUCUCGCGAUAUCCCAGCUCAAUGACGAUGCAAAGAAGAAGAUGAGCAACAUAGAAAUCGAUUCCCAGCUGGCGAGUUUCGUGUUCGCCGGCCAUGACACAAUCGCAGAGAGUACGGGCUGGCUUCUCUAUGAGCUAAGUCUUCAUCCUGAGGAUCAAGCUAGGAUACGCGAAGAGAUUUCCCAAACCAAAUCAAAGGCCUCGGGAGCGCUCACCUCAAACGACUACGAUUUGAUGAUCUGGCUGAAUGCUUGUAUUAAAGUGGGUCGGAUAUCACGGGAGUUCCUGGCAGGUGUUGAUACAUGGACUUCAACUUUAGGAAGCCCUCCGUCUCCAUCCUCUGGGGCAUACCUUGUAUCGUCAAUCGUCUCAGGGCUUUCAUCGGUAUGGGGAGAUGACGCCAACGAGUGGAAUCCCAGUCGAUUUCUUGAUGGGAGAGAUGUUAAGCAAACAUCUAUUGGAGUUUAUGCGAAUCUGCUGACCUUCAGUGCUGGUAUUCGUGGAUGCAUUGGGUGGAAAUUUGCUGUUAUGGAACUGCAAUCGUUGAUCACAGAGCUCUUGAGUAAUUUCGAAUUCAGUAUGCCGAAGGGAGUUUCCAAGUUGCAGCAUGGUCCUAUCGGUGUGGGUUUGAUCCCCAUCGUUCCAGGAAAGGCAGAGCAAGGAGCGCAAAUCCCGUUGCUUGUAACCGCGCUUAACAAAUAAGAUGGGCUACAACCUCAGAUGCCACGAAAUAAUUUUUCUCAAAUAAGAUACAUAUGCUGCUCAAUUGGAAUAACAUGACUCGGAGAAUAUCAUCCCCUUUUUCUUCCACCUCCCUAAUGAUAUUAGCAGACCUUGAAACCUGUCGAUGAACCCACGAAGGAGACGUGAGCUCGAGAAAUACUAACGAAAUGAAUGCCUUGAGAAUCAGAGCUGGAUGAACACAGCAUGAAUUGAAUGCAACCCUUGG